AUGGGUUUUCUUCUUGCAUCUCUGUGUGUGGUGCACCUGCUGCUCUUAGAAGCUGAUGGGACAAGCGCUGAGACAGAACCUUUCUACCCAUUUGGCCUUAACAACGGAGACACACAGUAUGACUACAAUAGUUAUUAUUACAACUAUGGACAUUAUUUUCAGAUUCAGCCAGAAACUAGUUUUCCAUUUUUUGGAGGCAAAUACUAUCUGAUAAAUAUUUACAUGCAAGGGUUCUUGACCCUCGGACAAACUUCAGACUACUAUUAUCCUAUCCAAUUCCCAAGCUAUUCUAGAAAUGACUUCAUUGCUCCAUUUUGGACCACCUGGAACAAUGGUGUAAAUGGUGCACUCUUCUACCGUGAAGUGACCAGUGGGAGUGUCCUACAAGAGGUCACGAGUGACAUAAACCAGUACUACCCUCAACUGAAUUUCAGCGCCGCCUGGGCCUUCAUCGCCACAUGGAACUGGACGAAAUAUGACUCAGCAGCUCCCCCUGAAGCAACCUUCCAGGUGGUUCUGGUCACAGAUGGGACUUUAUCAUUUGUUCUGAUGAACUAUGGUAACCUGUCUGCUACUUCAGAUGUCCAGGUGGGAUAUGACACAAUGAAUUCGACCAAUUAUUUCAGCAUGCCUGGAUCAUUCCAAAGCAACAUUACCAACUUGUCUUUCACCAGUAAUGUCAAUGUAAAAGGUCGUUGGGUGUUUCGCACUGAUUACUGUUACAAUAACUGUCUGUUCCAAGAUGACUUUUACCCUUAUGGCCCAAACAAUGGAGAUUCACUGAUCCCACCUGUGAAUGAUGGAAAUUCCUCCGUGAUCCUAUUAACUGAGACUCUCCAGUUUUUUGGAACAGAAUACAACAAACUUUAUGUGAAUAACAAUGGUUUCCUGACCUUUGGCCAAGCAGUGAGCAGUCCCUACUCUUCGAUGUUUCGGUCUGGCUACGAUAUCAUUGCUCCUUUCUGGAGUAACUGGAACACCACAAAAAGUGGCGUCAUCUCUUACCGUCAAGCGACCAGUGGCAGUGAUCUCCAACAGGCCACCAGUGACAUAAACCAGUACUUUCCUCAGCUGAACUUCACUGCUACCUGGGUCUUCAUUGCCACAUGGGAUAAUGUGGCCUUCUACAACAUGGACACAGAAACCUCUUUCCAGGUGGUUCUGAUUUCAGAUGGAGAUCAAUCUUUUGUACUAAUGAACUACGGGAGAAUCUCUUCUGUGAUUUCAAGUAUGCAGGCUGGCUUUGUCACUGCAGACUCAAUGAUUUACUUCAAUAUGAUGGAAUAUAGCUCAUACACAGAUCUAACUUUCAGCAGCAAUGUCAAUGUUAAAGGGCGCUGGGUCUUUCAAACCAACAUCAAUUAUGAAAAAGGUAUAGCUGUAUGA